UGAACCACACCAGAUAUAUCACCAAACCCUAACCCUCACCUCCCACAAAUUUCUUCGUCUUCAUCUUUAUCCUGCCUUAGUCUCUGGAUUCACAACCUAAAAGGACGAAAGAGAGAAAAAGAUUCAUUAACCCUAGAAGAAGAAACCGAUUCCCAGAAAAAAGCUACAGUUCCCUCUUCUUCCUCCUCUCCAUUUCUCUCUCUUGUUCUUGCUAGGGUUCUUUUUUCAUACCCAUAUCUACCUUUUCUUAAACCUUGAUUCGAUUUUACAGACACACCCAUCUCAAAAAAACACGAAAAGCUCAGAUCUUUCCUCAUAAAAGAGAUACCCAACUCGUGUUUUGUGUCUGUACAUACAAAAACACGCAUCCUACACCCAUAUUUGUAUACAUACAUAUAAGUGGAAACUUGUGGUAUAACAAAAAUGGGGAGGGGUAGGGUUGAGCUGAAGAGGAUAGAGAACAAGAUCAACAGACAAGUGACCUUCGCUAAGCGUCGAAACGGUCUGUUGAAGAAAGCUUAUGAACUCUCUGUCCUUUGCGAUGCCGAGGUUGCUCUCAUCAUCUUCUCCAACCGCGGCAAGCUCUACGAGUUCUGCAGCUCCCCCAACAUGCUCAAGACACUUGAACGGUACCAGAAGUGCAGCUAUGGCUCCAUUGAAGUGAACAACAAACCUGCCAAAGAACUCGAGAACAGCUACAGGGAGUAUCUGAAGCUAAAGUCCAGGUUUGAGGGUCUGCAACGUCAACAGAGAAAUCUCCUUGGAGAGGAUUUGGGGCCUCUGAACUCAAAAGAGCUUGAGCAGAUUGAACGUCAACUAGACGGCUCUCUUAAGCAAGUUCGCUCCAUCAAGACACAGUACAUGAUCGACCAGCUUUCUGAGCUCCAAAGCAGGGAACAGAUGUUGCUUGAAGCCAAUAGAGCCCUUUCAAUGAAGCUGGAUGAGAUGGUUGGAGCACGAACUCAUCACAUUGGAGGGGGGUGGGAAGGGAGUGAGCAGAACGUGACGUAUGGGCACCAGCCUCAGCCUCAGGGGCUGUUCCAGCCUCUUGAAUGCAAUCCGACUUUGCAAAUCGGAUACAAUAACCCAGAAUGCCCAGAGCAGAUGACUGCAACAACACAAGCCCCUGCGCAAGCAGGAAAUGGUUACAUCCCCGGUUGGAUGCUCUGAGGCAUCUGAAGGCCUGGAGGCAAGAGAGAAAGUAGGAAACUUGGCAUUGUAUGUAAAAUGACUGUCCCAAGCUCAUAAACAUUGGCUUUAAGUAUAUAUAUAUGCAUAAGUCUGGAUUUGUAGACAUAAAGUGGCUGUUGUAUGUAGCCUAAGACCUCUCUCUGUUGUUUCAGGACAUGUCCUUUUGUGACCAGCUUUUUAUUAUUAUAUAUGGAUUGAAAUGUGUGAGCUCU